GUGAGCUUGUGAGUCUAAGUACUACUGAAUUCUGUUUAUUCUCCCUGAAGAGGGUGAAAUGGGUGACAACGACAAAACGGAUUUGCAGAGCAAGAGGUCCAAUAAGAAGAAGAGCUCUUCUUUCUCAUCCAUUACCAGUAUUUUCAUGCAUGCAGAUCGUAUAGAUGUGUUGUUAAUGUUUCUGGGAUUUCUUGGUGCUGUUGGUGAUGGAUUCAUGACUCCAAUCAUGUUGUUCAUUACUAGCAGAAUCAUGAACAAUUUUGGUACUUCAACCACCACUGAUUCUAAUGUCUUCGUUCACAAUAUCAAUCAGAAUGCGGUUAACCUACUCUACUUGUCAUGUGGGUCUUUCUUAGUUUCCUUCUUGGAGGGUUAUUGCUGGACAAGAACAGGGGAAAGACAAGCAGCAAGGAUGAGAGCUACAUAUCUAAAAGCUGUGCUAAGGCAAGAAGUGGGUUACUUUGAUCUGCAAGUCUCAAGCACAGCAGAAGUGAUUACUAGCGUUUCCAACGAUAGUCUCGUUAUCCAAGACGUUAUUAGUGAAAAGGUGUCAAACUUCUUGAUGAACUCGUCAAUGUUCUUAGGGAGUUACGUUGUAGCAUUUCUGCUAAUGUGGAGGUUGGCCAUUGUAGGAUUCCCAUUUGUUGUUCUCCUACUCAUCCCUGGAAUGAUAUAUGGAAGAACAUUAAUGGGUUUAGCAAGGAAAACCAGAGAAGAGUACAAUAAAGCUGGUACUAUAGCUGAGCAAGCGAUUUCAUCUAUCAGAACUGUUUACUCGUUCGUUGGAGAAAGUAAAACCAUGGAGGAAUUCUCUGCAGCGCUUCAAGGAUCUAUUAAGUUAGGCUUGAAACAGGGCUUGGCCAAAGGUUUAGCAAUUGGUAGUAAUGGUGUUGUCUUUGGCAUUUGGGCUUUCAUGUCUUGGUAUGGAAGCAGAUUAGUCAUGUAUCAUGGUGGGAAAGGAGGAACUGUUUUCGCCGUCGGAGCUUCCCUCGCUAUUGGUGGCCUAGCACUAGGCUCUGGUUUGUCGAACCUGAAGUACUUCUCUGAAGCUUCUUCUGCUGGAGAACGUAUAAUGGAGGUCAUCAAGAGAGUACCAAAAAUUGAUUCAGGAAACAUGGAAGGUGAAAUUCUGGAGAGUGUUUCAGGAGAUGUUGAAUUCAAGAACGUCGAAUUUGCUUACCCGUCGAGACCUGACAACGUAGUCCUUCCAAACUUCAACCUUAAAGUUCCUGCCGGAAAAACUGUAGCCUUAGUCGGAGGAAGUGGGUCAGGAAAAUCAACUGUUAUUGCUUUAGUGGAAAGAUUUUAUGAUCCAAUUAAUGGAGAAAUUCUACUUGAUGGAGUGGCCAUUGAUAAGCUUCAGCUCAAAUGGCUUCGUUCUCAAAUGGGUUUAGUCAGCCAAGAACCAGCUCUCUUUGCAACCUCCAUUAAAGAGAAUAUAUUCUUUGGCAAAGAAGAUGCCACCAUGGAAGAAGUUGUUGCAGCAGCUAAAGCUGCUAAUGCUCAUAAUUUCAUAUCUCAAUUGCCUCAAGGAUACGAAACCCAAGUAGGUGAGAGAGGAGUUCAGAUGUCGGGAGGACAGAAACAGAGGAUAGCAAUUGCAAGAGCAAUAAUCAAAGCACCUCGAAUCCUUCUGUUAGACGAAGCAACAAGCGCAUUGGACUCGGAAUCGGAACGAAUCGUUCAAGAAGCACUGGAUAAGGCGGCGGUGGGGCGUACCACGAUCGUGAUUGCUCACCGACUCUCCACGAUUCGCAAUGCGGACGUAAUCGCUGUGGUGAACAAUGGACUAGUGAUGGAGACCGGAUCACAUGACGAGUUGAUCCAGAACGAGAACGGGUUAUACUCUUCACUCGUCCGACUCCAACAGACAGAGAAGAAGACAGAAGACACCACCAUUGUCACCACCACAGCUCUUGUCGACAACAAUAGUAGUAGUCGGAGAAGCUCUAUCAUGAGUAGGUCUAGCUCUGCAAGGUCAGAGAGUAAAGAGGAGAGUGAUGCUGUGUCGGCGGAGGAGAGAAAGUUACCUCUGCCAUCGUUUCGGAGGUUGUUGAUGUUGAAUCUUCCGGAGUGGAAACAAGCGAUCUUAGGAUGUGUGGGUGCGAUGUUGUUUGGGGCGGUGCAGCCAGUGUACGCGUUUGUGAUGGGGAGUAUGAUAUCGGUGUACUUCUUGAGUGAUCAUAGUGAGAUAAAAUCGCAGACGAGGACUUACUCGUUGUUCUUCGCUUCACUGGCGGUGUUCUCGUUGGCGAUUAAUAUAAUCCAACACUAUAACUUUGGAGCCAUGGGUGAGUAUUUGACGAAGAGGGUGAGGGAGAGAAUGUUGUCAAAGAUACUCACUUUCGAGGUUGGGUGGUUCGAUCAAGAUGAGAACUCUACUGGUGCUGUUUGUUCUAGGCUCGCCAAAGAUGCCAAUGUGGUGAGAUCACUAGUGGGAGAUCGAAUGGCUCUUCUGGUACAGACCUUCUCAGCCGUAAUCAUAGCUUGCACAAUGGGCCUAGUUAUUGCAUGGAGGCUUGCGAUCGUGAUGAUAGCGAUCCAACCCUUGAUCAUAAUUUGCUUCUACACCCGCCGAGUUCUACUUAAGAGCAUGUCCAACAAAGCCAUUAAAGCACAAGACGAGAGCAGCAAGCUCGCCGCCGAAGCUGUCUCCAAUCUCCGCACCGUCACCGCUUUCUCCUCUCAGGCACGGAUCCUUAGCAUGCUUGAACGAGCUCAAGAAAUCCCACGAAGGGAGAGCAUUCGCCAAUCCUGGUUCGCCGGCAUUGGCUUGGCGUCUUCCCAAUCUCUCAUGACCUGCACAUGGGCCCUCGAUUUCUGGUAUGGUGGAAGGCUUGUUUCCCAUGGCUAUAUCACUUCUAAGGCAUUAUUCCAGACCUUCAUGAUCCUAGUCAGCACCGGCCGUGUCAUCGCCGAUGCCGGAGCUAUGACCACCGAUUUGGCCAAAGGUGCUGAUGCGGUCGGCUCUGUUUUCUCGGUACUCGACCGGGUCACCCGAAUUGAGCCGGAUGAUGCUGAAGGUCACAAGCCCCAGAAGUCAUUAACUGGUCGUAUAGAUAUUCAGAACGUUGACUUUGCCUACCCUGCGAGACCUGAUGUCAUCAUCUUCAGGGGAUUUUCUCUGAAUAUCGAACCUGCAAAGUCAACGGCUCUGGUGGGUCAGAGCGGUUCAGGGAAAUCGACAAUCAUCGGUCUGAUCGAGAGAUUUUACGACCCAUUAAAAGGGUCGGUGAGGAUCGACGGAAGAGAUAUAAAGUCGUACCAUCUGAGGUCUUUGAGGAAGCACAUCGCGUUGGUGAGCCAAGAGCCGACACUGUUUGCUGGGACGAUUAGGGAGAAUAUAGUGUACGGCGGAGCUGGAGCUUCGGAGAAGGUGGAUGAGGCGGAGAUCAUAGAAGCAGCAAAGGCGGCGAAUGCUCACGAUUUUAUAGCAUCACUGAAGGACGGGUAUGAGACAUCGUGUGGAGACAGAGGGGUGCAGUUGUCGGGAGGGCAGAAGCAAAGGAUAGCGAUAGCAAGGGCGAUACUGAAGAACCCGGCGGUGUUGUUGUUGGACGAGGCAACGAGUGCGCUGGACAGCCAAUCGGAGAAAGUGGUGCAAGAGGCAUUGGAGAGGCUGAUGGUUGGGAGGACGAGCGUGGUGGUGGCGCAUCGCCUCAGCACUAUUCAGAACUGCAAUCUUAUUGCAGUGUUGGAGAAGGGGAAGGUGGUGGAGAAAGGGACUCAUUCGGCGCUUUUGGCCAAGGGACCUGCCGGGGCUUACCAUUCUCUUGUAAGCCUCCAACGGACGCCACCAACGCUAACUUGAGAGAUUACUUGAAA